GCAGACGACACAUUGGACGCAGUUUUUGUUCGCGUUGCCCCGGUCUGUCAAUUUAUUGCUUAUAGUUGUUUUAGUUGGUUCACUUUUUAUAAUCUCAAUUGAACGACACGACAUCAUUUGUAACUAACUAAAAUAUGGCUGACGCUGGUAAUUGGUGUCUGAUCGAAAGUGAUCCAGGCGUAUUUUCUGAAUUGAUCAGAGAUUUCGAAGUCCAAGGAGUUCAAGUGGAAGAACUGUGGAGUUUGGAUCCUGAACAGUUUGAUAACUUAAAGCCGAUCCAUGGACUCAUUUUCCUUUUCAAAUGGGUACCCAAUGAAGAGGUUGUGGGUACUGUGGUUCAGGAUAGCCGAUUGGACAAAAUUUUCUUUGCCAAGCAGGUCAUCAAUAAUGCCUGUGCAACCCAAGCCAUCAUCAGUAUCCUGCUCAACUGCAAACAUCCUGAUCUUCAUCUAGGGCCCACACUUGGUGAAUUCAAAGAAUUUACUCAGGCUUUCGAUGCCAACAUGAAGGGACUUGCUCUCAGCAAUUCUGACACAAUUCGAAGUGUACACAACUCGUUUGCUAGACAAACUCUUUUUGAAUUUGAUUCCAAAGCAUCGUCAAAGGAUGACGAUACUUUUCACUUUGUUGGAUAUGUCCCCGUUGAUGGCCGCCUCUAUGAACUUGAUGGCUUGAAAGAAGGUCCUAUCGAUCUCGGCGCUGUCCCAGCCGAAACUGAUUGGAUUGACGUUGUUAGACCAAUAAUUGAAAAACGCAUUCAAAGGUACAGCGAAGGAGAAAUUCAUUUCAACUUGAUGGCAAUCGUUCCUGAUCGGAAACUAGCGUGGCAAAAGGAGAUUGAAAGGCUUCAGUCACAACCUGUCGUCAGCACCGAUAUGCAGACCGAAAUCCAGCGACUCUUGAUGCUAUGUGAAGAAGAAGAGAGCAAACGAAAGCGUCAGAAAAUUGAGAAUGUUCGGCGCAAGCACAACUAUCUCCCUUUAAUUGUUCAACUUCUUCGCAUGCUUGGUGAGAAAGGUCAAUUGCUGCCACUGUAUGAGAAGGCUAAACAACGAGCAGUUGCUAAAACUACCACUCAGAAAAAAAGCUGAUUAACAUGCUAUAAGUAAGAUUCAUACAUGGAAUAAAAAAUGACGGACAAA